CCUGGGCGUGCUGGGGCUCUUUGCAGACCGCAGAUCCUCCCUUCGAUCUAUGCACGAACGGGUUGGACCACAGAUCCGGGUCUAGCGGCUGCGAAGGGGCUCACAUACGUUGUGUAUGUACGCAGUCAGGGUCCGGCGUGACAUGACGAUGAUCAUCCAGGUUGCCCUAUUUCUCUCUCUCUCUACCCCUCUGUCUCGUCUAUCCCUCUCUAGUCGACCUCCCUCCCUCGCUCCCAACUAAUAGCGGGUAAGAUAUAUCCGUGUGGAGGCGAGAGAGAGCGUGCCACACUCUGCUUUUCUCGCGUAGAGGCUGGCGUGUUGGAGCUAACGGGAAAGCAUGCCCUCCCUCUCUUUACUCUUCUCGCCAUCGAUGCAACGCGACAUUGCCAAUAGUCGGGAUGAUCGACGGCCCUCUGCACCAACUUGGGUAUUGACUAUACCUCUAGGGGUCUUUAGAGUCGACGAUUAGCGGCUCUUAGGAUACGGGCGGAAAUCAGGUCUCAAACGUCCCUUUUCUCGCCAUUUCUUGAACGGGCGUCGUGAUCCAGCCCCAUGCCAGCGUGUUCGCCCCCCCUCUUCCUCCUUCUACUGGCCUUUAAAUAAAGUCUCAUAGCCAUGGGCGUCGCGGGAGUAGGCCUCUUUGCUGGAGUUUGCCUCUUCUCUCCUCAAGCUGCCGAGAAGGAUCGCCAUCGAACACCAUGGCGACGAUGAGCUUGUACGAUAUGCCGCAGAGCCCGCCCAACUUCGAUAGGGUGGGCGUCUUCUAUAUGUCCUUCUGUGCAACAUGGACGGCCCUCGUCCUCGCAGGCAUGGUGUUUCUGGUCGCCAACCGCCGCAAUCCGAUUCUCAAGAUCCGCGGCCUGCCCCUGUCUCUCAGUGCCAUCUUCAUGCUUCACCUGUACUGGAUCCUCGCCCAGAUCACCUACCCCAUCGGCAUGACCCUCCCCAUAGUACUCGCCUACGAUAUCCAGUACUUCUUCAUGGGCAUCUGGUUUCCCUUGGGCGUUGCCCUCUUCCACGCCUCCAACAGCCGCUUCCUCUACGUCGCCCAACUUCAGAAGCAGUACAUCUCGUCCCCAACUUUGCGCAGGAAGAGGUCAGGCUGUAAUGGCGGUGACACAUCCUGGCUCUGUCGCUUUAGAAAUCUCGAUUACCCCACUAAGAUUUUGGUAUAUAUCGGCCUCGGCAUGAUACUCCAGGUCCUUCUCACCAUCGGGAUGUGGUUCGCGUGUCGCAAGUAUCACCCGACGUUCGGGAUCCCUGGCACAGAGCUCAAAGGCAGUACGAUAGCCGAGCAGCUACUGGACAUGAGUCAGGGAUGGGAAUGGUGGCCGUCUGCGCUGUGGCAGGUAAUCUGGACGUGGAUAAUCGCACCCAUCAUGAUCUGGAAAGCCUGGGGGAUCCGCGAUACGCUGGGAUGGCGCUUCCAGACCAUCGGCUGCUGUCUAUCCAAUCUCCAUGCCACACCUAUGUGGCUGCUCUCCAUGUAUUUACCUGCCUUUGGGCCGAUGAACAAGUACUUCACGCCAAACCAAUGGAUCCACCUAUCGGUAAUGAUGUUCGAGGUCUUCACCAUACUCGUGCCCUGCUUCCUGGUCGUGCGGCAGCAGAGCCUGCGCAAGAAGGCGGCGAACUCAAACGCUAAGUGGGGGACGACAUCGCUGACGACGCUCCGGGACACCCACUCGUCCGGGUGUAAGUCGGCCUCGCUGGCUGAAAAGGGCCUCACCAUAGACGUCCUGCUAAAAAAGGAGCUCGGCGACCACCUCUUCACCAUGGGCGCCCUCGACUACGUCCUCACCGAGAACCCGGGACCGCUGCAGGAGUUCUCCGCCCUGCGCGAUUUCUCGGGCGAGAACAUCGCCUUUCUCACCAGCGUCUCCGGCUGGAAGACGCUGUCGCCGUGGCCCGCGGGCACCGACCAGGGCGCCAGCGCGGAAGCGGCAGCGGACCGCCUACGCGACGCCUUCACUCAGGCGCUCGUCAUCUACACCAAUUUCAUCAGCCCGCGCGACGCCGAGUUCCCCAUCAACCUGUCGUCGCGGGACCUCAAGCAGCUCGAGGCCGUGUUCGAGCGGCCGGCGCGGAUACUGUGCGGCGAGGCGCGCGUCGACCCGGCGACGCCGUUCGACGGCGCGGAGACGCGGUCCGCCAGCGACGGGGACUGGAUGGAGCUGGCCGAGGUGGCCGGGCGCAUCCAGUACGCCGGCGAGAUCCCCGACGGGUUCGAUGCCGGCGUAUUCGACGCCGCGCACGCCCACGUCAAGUACCUCGUGCUGACCAACACGUGGCCCAAGUUCGUCGCAGAGAUGCAGCAGCAGCAGAGCCGCUUCUCGGAAGACAGCGAACGCAGCGGUGGCACUGGGAACUCGGGGUCAACGCUCGCAAGCCGCGUCUCCCAGUUCAUACACUCUUUUAUGUAACUAACUUCCCCCUUUCCCCUUUCUCCCUCCAUCCGGGGUAGCUUGCGGCGAUGGUGUUGUCCUUUAUCGCGUAUAUACCCAGACUAUUUCAUCCCCACGGAUCUUGGGAGGAUUUCUUUUGUGUCCAAGUCGGGGUUGUAGUGAGUUGCCCCUGCGUAAAGGGCAGUACGCGUAGUAGCCCCUAUUCGACUUAUCAUGUGGCUUGGGUGCUGUACCACAAGUCUUGUCUAAUUACCUUACCUACCACGUUUAUUGUCUCCUUCUCGGUUCUAUUAGCACCACUCCUAACUCCUAUCUCAUGGCUUAUUGGAAUGCGGACUUGGCGUUGGCAAAAGGAACACAAUGAGGGUGAAAUCGGUGUGAUGAGCACGCGCAGUCUUCGGUCUUGCCAGGUUAAGAAGAGGCAGGCCAAAUGGCCAAGAAUUGAUAAAACUGCUUGUAAAACAUUUAUAAGCAACUCGCAAUACUACAUCAGCGACGUCUAGUGUCGAGGGCACUCCACACAAGCCGUAGAACUCAACGCAAGUCAGGUGUCGUCACCUCGGCCAAGAUAGGCACUGAAUCGGAGUCGAAGCCGACAACGAUGUCCC